ACUCUCUCCUGGCGCGCGUCUCCCGGUGGAAGACGCACAAGAGAAACAAAAGGGUUGGAUGAAUAAAGAAGUACAUUUUUUUUUUAAAGAGUUUGUAAAGCGACAACUUGCCUCCGUCUCAGGUGUGAAGGACUAUAGCUGCAGCCUGGUGGAGCUACACCACUUCAGACGAGCAUCCGCAAACCAUCCGAUUUUAACUUUGUGUAAACUUUUGGAGACACAAUUGGGUCAAAACAUGGACUCGCGUGAGCUAAAUGAGACGUUCACGUCUCUCGAGUGCCUCGCGGCGCUGCAGAGCGGAGCUGGGAACGGGAGCUUCUCGGAGGCGCCAAACAUCACCUGCGGCAACGUGGCCACCGCCCUCCCGCCUCAGCUUGAGAGGCGCAAAGAUGACGACCACACACUACGGAUCCUGCUCUACUCGCUCAUCUUCGUUCUGAGUGUGUUCGGCAACCUGCUGAUCAUCGUGGUGCUGACGGUCAACAAGCGCAUGCGCACCGUGACCAACACCUUCCUGCUGUCGCUCGCCGUCAGCGACCUGAUGAUGGCCAUCUUCUGCAUGCCCUUCACCCUCAUCCCCAGCAUCCUCAAGGACUUCAUCUUUGGAGCCGCCAUGUGCAAGAUAGUGUCCUACCUCAUGGGAAUAUCAGUGAGCAUAUCCACAUUUAGCCUGGUUGCCAUAGCGAUCGAGCGCUACAGCGCCAUCUGUAACCCCCUGAAGUCGCGGGUGUGGCAGACCCGUUCCCAUGCCUCUCGCGUGAUUGCUGCUACGUGGGUGUUAGCCAUCGUAAUCAUGAUCCCUUACCCAAUCAUCAGUCACCUGGAGACUUUUCAUCGUCCUGACAACGCCACUGCUCACCGGUGUCGCCACAUGUGGCCCCUCGCAACGGCAGAGCAGGCCUGGUACAUUCUGCUGCUGCUUGUGCUGUUUGCAAUCCCGGGGUUGGUGAUGAUUGUGGCCUACGGACUGAUCUCCAGGGAACUUUACAGAGGCAUCCAGUUUGAGAUGGGCCACAAAAAAGACUCUACCGAUGUGAAGAAUGGACUCACCUCCGCGCUGUCGAGUGGCAGUGAAGAUGGCGACGGUUGCUACGUUACCGCCGUCCAGCGGCCUCACUCGAUAGAGAUGUCCAGCCGGGUGGUCAAGGCAGAAAGGCCCCGCAGCAACACCUCCGAGGCCAAGCUGGAGGCCAAGAAGAGGGUCAUCCGCAUGCUGGUGGUCAUCGUGCUCCUGUUCUUCCUGUGCUGGAUGCCGCUGUACUGCGCCAACACCUGGCGGGCUUUCGACGCCACGUCUGCCAAAAACGCCCUCUCCGGGACCCCCAUCGCUUUCAUCCACCUGUUGUGCUACACCUCCGCCUGCGUCAACCCCAUCAUUUACUGCUUCAUGAACACGCGCUUCCGCAAAGCUCUGCUCGCCACGUUCGCGUGCUGCGCCGCACCGCGCCGCCGCCAACGCGGCGCGCCACGGGACAACGAGGAGGACGCCAUGGCAACGGGAGCGUCUAUGUCCAAGUUCAGCUACACCACCGUCAGCACCAUGGGAAACUGCUGAGGCAGAAGAGACACAGCAGCCCGCGUCCGCCAUCUUUAGGCCAGGCCAGUACUCAUGGCGACAGAAGCUCCGCCCACGACUGUGACUAAAGUUAUGUGGGGAUAAUUUAAUGAAACCAGUGUAAAUACCUCCAUAGCUAUAAUUUUAAAAACAGGGGAAAAAAACCCGAUGGUCCAAAUUGUCUGUCGAGAUGUUUACGAUGUGACAUGAGUGUGUCUGUAGAGGUGGACCGUACCAUGUGUGAGGGAGGCAGUUUAAUAACGUAGUCAUGAUGUAGCUUUAAAAAUAGGAACGCUUUUUGCUAUCUUAUUUUAAAAUAGUUUUUUUUCUAACAUGUGGUCAGUUGUUUAUCUGUGUUAGUAAUGUAAUCACCUUGUGGACUAAGUGCCUGGUUUUAAAUACUACGUCCAUUACCAGUACCACAGGCACACUGGAGCCCAAAGGUUCCUCGAAGUGGAGUUUAAAAGACUCAAAAAGAUCUUCUAAACAAACUGAAAAUCAUCCUCGGAAAGAAAAGAAAUUUCAUCCCGAAUGGAGCCGAUAAAUGAGCAGUUGGUCUCCGUGGUUGGCAGUUAAUGUGACCUUUUAAUUUACAACAAAAGAGGUUGACCAUCGGUCUUGCACCUAUAAAGUGGGCCAAUAAAAACAGGCACUAGACAUGAAAUGAAGCCUCAAAAAAAGAUUGUCAAAACAAUAUGAAACCUUUCAAAUUAUGUCAAAAGCACAACAUAUAUCACUAGAGAAAAAAAAGUAUCACAGUCCUGUCUUUUUUUCUAGCUAUUAUUGGAACAAUAUAUACAGUUUAUGACAGAAAAUAAGGAAAAGCAUCAUGAUCCCCUUUAAUUUCCCAGAGGGAAGUAUUCCAUUUCUUGACUUUAACGGUGAUUUAAUUGUAAUGUCAUACUAUGUCUACUGAGGGAAUAAACCAAGAGAGUCAUUAAUAUAGACUUCUAUACAACCAGAGGAGUCGCCCCCUGGUGGUCAGGAGAGAAAAUGCAGCUUUAACACAUGAAGCAUAGACUUCUAUACAACCAGAGGAGUCACAGUCCUGUCUUUUGUACUUAUUAUUGCUUAAAGUGGAGUUUAAAAGACUAAAAAAGAUCUUCUAAACAAACUGAAAAUCAUCCUCGGAAAGAAAAAUAAUGUGAUCCCGAAUGGAGCCGAUAAAUGAGCAGGUGGUCUUUGUGGUUGGCAGAAACCCUUCAGUGGUGUAAACAGCUCGGGGGCCGUGGGGAUGCCUUGUGUUCGGGUUUCAUGCUCUAGCUCUCACCACCUUUGGGUUUUUGAGUUUUUAGAGACAUGUUUUUCUGUGUCUGCUGCAGGUGAACACGCAAAUAUGAGAAGGAUGUGAAUGGUGCUUCUUUCUCAUGGAUAGGGAUGUGGGUCAUUUAAGAGACAAUUUAACAGUUCCUUUAUGAUUAUAUUCAUGAUUAGAAAAACACCACGAGUACAGCAGAAGGUUCUGUAUAUUUCUAUAACUAAAAGGACAAAACGCGUAAUACACCUUGAUGAAGUCACGAGUAAUAAGCUUAUAGCCGACACACAUAUGUUACAUUUGUUACCACAUGGCAACAUCAACGGGUGAUUUAUGUGAGUUCACCGCAGCCUUCCGCUCUAAAGGAGACACGUUCCCUUAGUUCAGUUUCUUGCAGUCCACCACGAUGACAGCCGGGUCUCAGAGGUCUCUGUGGGUCAGGCGCUGUCUAGCGGGCCCGACUCUGGCUUCCCUGCUCCCUUCACACUAAUUGAGUUACAACCUCAACUCUGCCAGGCUGAACCGAUGAGCAUAUUUCUCUGAGUGCCCCAAAGCACACAGCUGUCAGCCUCUCAACCAAUAGGAUGGCUUAACUUUGUCAGCAUUUCUUGGAAGAUUCUAGACUGACCUGGAGCUUGUGUGUGCACCGUUCCCUUUGUAUUCAACAUAUGAAUCAAACUGAAGCCUUACUAUGACAUUACACGACAGUGAAACUUCUAUACAACCAGAGGAUUCACCCCCUGGUGGUCAGGAGAGAAAAUGCAGCUUUAACACAUGAAACAUAGACAACCAGAGGAGUCGCCCCCUAUUUCCUUGAGAAUAAUAAUUCUCAAGGAAAUAAUAGCAAAUGUUAAUCUUGUCGACGCACCUAUACUCGGUCAUACAGAUUGUACACUAAUUCAUUCAUAUCUACUGCUCCUUGUUCUCUAUACGGAGUGAACCUCAUCUUUUGAAUGCAUUUAUUUUUGCAAUAAACAACAGACAGGAGGUAGUCGAGCGCCCCAGAUAGACAAAUACUAUAACUGUGUUGUUUAUGAGUGGCACAUGGAAUGAGUUUUACUUUUGCUCACAGCGAACUGUGAGAGGCUGAUUUCCCUGCGGUGUCAUAGAGGCUGCUCCACACCACCUCAUACGGUCGUGACACACACACACACACACACACACACACACACACACACACACACACACAAGCUCUCAGCUUCAAAUGGUCAUAUUGUUAUUUACACAGUUGCAGCCAACCAAUUACAGCAGGUGCUAAUAACUUCCUGAGUUGUUUUCCACCUUUACAAAAUGAACACUGGCAUUCAAAUUAAAACUCAGUAUAAACAUAACUGAUAUACAAGCACUUCUUUAUUAGCAGAAGUAGUGAAGGUUACUGCAAAUACCGCCUUUAUGUAAAAAUCAUGUUGUGAUCAUAUUCACAAGCUUAUAUAACAUCUGUUCUUCAAACAGAAAGAUCUGCACUGCCCAAUAUCUACAGGUGGUGUUGCAGACUAUGGAUCAGACUAUGGUGUGAUGUCAAAUGGGUCCCCCAUGUCUGCAGUUAGACACUCUAAAGAGAGUUUAUUUAUAUCUUUUGGAUCAUAUUUUUCCUAUAUGUGCUCAUGGACACAUGCAUCUAUCUGCAGAAAGAAAGUAUUUAGAAUUGUUUUAGUCUUUUAACAGUUGGUUGUUUAAUGAGAACCUCGAAGUUCACACUAUUCUAAAUACCUGCUAUUACAAUGAAUACGUUGGUGUGUAGAUAUAUGCAGCCCAUUGUUCGAGGGAUGAAAGAGUUCACUGAUGACUGCCAGGUUUCCUUUAAUCAAUCAUGUUCGCUGAGGACGACGAGGUGGCCUUUACACGCCGACAAGUCCUCACUGCUGGUGAUUAUUAAGCCUCUGCUGCUCUCUCCUCUCCACAAAGACGACACAUCGCUGUUCCUGCCGGUCUUGAUUGAUUUUCUUUUGCCCUCCGCCACCAUGGUCUCCACGGAUAGCUUCACAAGACUCUAUUUGACGAUGGCAUUUCACAACGUUAGCAUCAUGUGUGCCCGUAUCUCAGUGGUGUGUCUGCUGGGCUCCUGGGAGCGUGGUCGUAUCCUCUCACCGCCUCAUGACCAGAGCAUGUUCCUCCAGAAUACAAGUGGGAACAUUUGUUAGAAUAAAUGCUCCGAGAUUAAUUGCCACAAGUGCUGUGCUCCGAGGGGGGGGGGGGGGGGGGAGGAGUGCUGCUAGUGAACGAUAAGGACGCUGUCCACAUGUCUCUUGGGCUCAGCAGUUGGCUGACAUUAAACCAAUUGUUUAAUGUCAGCAAAGCUGCUGUUUGAGGAGCAACAUUGCCUCACACACAGCUCGGUGGAUUCAUGACAAAUUAGUAGCACGGCGGUGAAAUUAUACAAAAAGAGGCUUGUUUUAUUUAACAAAGCUCCUUCCCAGAAUGCUCCUGCAAUGUAACUGGACUGUGACGGUUGGCAUUCAUUUCAGCUCGCCGCGUCGGAGAUGGUAGUAGAAUGACAUUUUAAGAAAGUGAUAUAUUAUUAUCUUGAGAUAUUAAUUAUAACUCUACUGUUUGGGAGAAUUUCCAACAAACGCUACAAAAUAAAAGUCCAAAUUAGUAAUCAGGAACGACAAACUGAUCUGAAGCCCUCCUCGACAGGACGCCAUGUAUACAUCUGUUUAAUGAUGCAAUGCUUCAGGGUUGUUGAGGCUUGGUUUAUGAAGGAAGCUUCUUAUGUUGUUUGAAGGACUAUUUCAUGUAGAGGGAACAUGGUUAAGGCUGCUACAAUGGCAGAACAUAUAUGUUGUUUUUGGGGCACUUGCUAAAAUGACAUGGUAAUCCAGCCUUGCUCUUUGACUGACACAAUGAGAAGAUGAUUCCUGGCACAACAACGUUUGAAUUGUCGCUUGAGAGCACCAGAAAAACUCCAAACACAAAUAUUUUGUCGUCGAAACUUUGUGACGACCAAUCUCCUGCACAGACGCAGCAACCUGCUCCGUUAUGUUUUCAUAUAAUCUUCAGGGUUGCAUCAUAAUGAAGAUGCGUGAGUCAUUUCAGGCGAUCAAUAUGAUCCAUUCAGAGUGAGUAUUGUUUCAUAAGUGUCGAUGUUUACUGGAUUUUGGAUUCCUGCAGCCGACCCUCCUGGGAUUGGAAGACGGCUUCCCACACCUGCUCAUUUGUGUCAUUAUUAAUAUGCACUUUGUAUUCAGAAGUGUCCUGAAAUCAGGUGUUAACAAUAUGAAGUAUUCUCCAUCUCUUGAUGUUCUGUAGAGGAAAGAGCUGGUCUUGUGUUUCAGUGAUCGGUUGUUGUGCUCCACGGUUCUAAGGGUCGGAGGGUCAGAGAAGCACAUGUAGGUCUUCUCCAACGGUCACCAUUGCCUUAAGUGUGUUUUGAGUGUACAGUAUCUAUAUGUCUGUGUGUGUAAGUGUGUGUCUCUCAUGCAUUUACUGUGUGUACACAUGAUCCACUUGAUUGGAUUUGGCAGCCUUGUUUGCCCGUCCAUGCUCAAGACAAAGCUUUCUGUGACUAACUUUGAGAAAAAAAUCUGUGAAAAGUAGUGGAUGUGGUUUUCUUGGCGGCUGUCCACGCUGUUACCUUGACGAGUGUGUCUGUGCUGCUAUGCCGCUAUAAGGCCUUAGGUGUUAACUUGUGGUUUUCUGUUCUGUUUCACGCUCGUGGACGAGCUCCAGCAGGUCUGACCCCUGUGACAGGGCAGAUUCAUGGUAUUAUGAUUGUCAUUACAGACACUAUUCGUAGUUCCAGACUUGGCAGACAGCGAAGCUAUGUCAGCAGGAGGAUCAUCUGGAUAACAUUUGUGUAUUUUAAGUAUGGAAAGUGUGUGUGUGUGUAAUUGUGUCGGAAAAGAAACUAUAUAUACAUAUAUAUAUAUUUUAAAAAAGUGAAGGCAGACUGUGUAUUAUUUGUUUGGUGUGAUUUUCAAGAUGUUCGGCUGGCUGCUGUGGCUUAUCAUGUCUAACAGAGGCACUUUUAGUGUUUUGCUGUCUCUCUCUCUCACACACACACACAGACACACACACACACAGUUAUAAAUAUGUAUGUUGAGAUUUAUUUAAUUCUAAUAAAGUCAAAUUAUACCUC